GGCAACACUUUUUUCAGUCGUAGCUUCCUAUUACAAUUUUCCACGGGUAUUUCGUGUGUGUGUGUGUUUUUUCGUUAAAAAGUAAAAUAUAAAGCGAAUAUUCAUUGAAAAUUGCGCUGCAAUAAAGUGAUCAACCGUCUGACGUGCUAAGUUUUAUGUGCGCCGUGUGUGUUUACGCUUAAACGUAAAAAUGGCGAAUGUAAGGGACAGCGACACAUCACUGUGGCUGCAUAAUAAACUGGGCACAUCAAACGAUUCGUGGAUAAAUGGUUCAAUAUGCUCCCAAUUAAACAAAGAGGUUUUGCGCAACAUCAAAGAGUGUUUUCCCGAUUUGCAGACGCAGGUUAAAUUAAAAUUGCUGCUCAGUUUUCUGCAUAUACCGCGUCGUCUGGUUGAAGAGUGGAAAAGCGAAUUAGAGGAGGUCAUCGAAGUAGCCGGCCUGGAUUCUGAGUUAUGGGUCGCCAUGCUGGCAGAGACAAUGAAAACAUUUCCGGCGACUAGUUCGCUAAAUACAGAAAUCUCCGACUAUGAGGAUACACGGCAUAUAUUCACCGACAUGGUCAACGACCUUCGUAAACUGGUAACCAAGCAUUCGGAUCUGGGGAUGUUGCCGCUGGAGUGCCAGUACCUAAACAAGAAUGCCCUAGUCUCGGUGGUUGGUCAACAGCCGGUGCCCGUUAAGCAUUUCACGCUGAAGCGCAAACCAAAAAGCGCUCAGCUGCGCACGGAGCUGUUGCAUAAGUCUGCCGAUGCCCAAUCCUCGCUGAAGAAGUCAUCGGCACCUACAAUCCCAUUGCGCUCGCGUGGCAUGCCACGGAAAAUGACGGACACAACGCCGCUGAAAGGCAUACCAUCACGUAUGCCCACCACAGGCUUUCGUUCGCCCAGUGUGCCGGGUAAUGCGCAACGGCCUAAUCUUAGUCGGACGCCUGCCGGCCGCAAAGAUGGAGGCAUUAAAAUACUCGAAUUCACAGAACAGCCGCUCGGCUAUGCUGCGGCCAAGAAGCGCAAGCGGGAACAGCAGCUGGAGGAGCAGCAGAAAAAACAGGAACAGAAGCAACAGGCCGCCGCAGCGGCUGCUGCUCAAGCAGCUGCAAACAUCAGCAACAACAGCGACAGUCCUCCUGCAGAGUCUGCAGCGAAUAAUGCUAGUGGUGGAGAGACGCCAACUACAUCAGUAAAUAACAGCUUUGAAAUCAAACUGGAGCCACAGCUGAACCAAAGCAGCGGCAGCAUAGAUGAACAACAGGAUGAGCAAGAGUUUAAGACGCCAGAGCUGGCAACAAAAACGUUGCAACCGGAAACGCCGGGUACACCGGAAUAUGCGGCAGCUACGCUGCAAUUUGCUCAAACCAAUACAGCGGCGGUAGCAACUACGCCCUCGCGCAAGACGGAGAGUAAAGCGAAAGUUACCAAGUCGACGGCUAAGGCGAAUAACAACAAUAAUAACAGCUACCAUCAGACGCCGAAACGUAUCAAGCAGGAGAUUGAGAUCAAGAGCGAGGAGAUCAUUGUGCCGGCCAACAUUAAGCUGGAGAAGAUUGAGCCAACGAUUUCGACUACACCCACACAAACAACGCCGAAGACGCCGCUGACAGCGGCGCCCACGCAGAGAAUCAUUAUUCAGCAGCAGCAGCCAACACAGCGUGCACCGCAUUUACUCAUACGCAGCACGCCGCAGCAGCAGAAGCGCCUCAACAACAGCAACAACGUAGCAACAACAACAGCUGCUACAACAACAACAACCGUUGGCAAUACCACCAUUAAAAUGGAAAAGCUGGACAUAAAGCCUAUGUCGCGUGCAGCAGCUACACCCAGCGGAAGUGGUAGCAGCGGCAGCAGCAGCACCACCACCACCACGACCACCAUAUUGACGCCUCAGCAAUUGCGGCAAGCGACCAGUCCGCUGGCCAAUCUGCCGAACAACAUUUCUGUAAAAAUAACAUCGGCCAAGGCAAAGGUUGUAGGCGCCAGUGCUGCAGGCAGCAGCGGCAGUCAGACAGUAACAACAGUAGCUGCCACAGCACAGCAGCAGCAGCCCAUACUGAUUAACAGCUCCACACCCGUAAUAUUGGCAUCUACGCCCAGUGCGCAGCGAGUGAAACCGCAUUUGGCAGCCAGCAGCAGCGGCAUUGGCACCACAACCACCACAAUACCAUCGCAAGCUAUUAAGACCAUGCCGUUGAGUCAGCUAAAGACAGCAGCAAAUAGUGGGCCGGUCAUUAUUUCACAAACCAUCAUACAGCCAGCAAAGCGGGCCCAGCAGCAGCAACAGCAACAGCUGCAGCAACAACAACAGCAACAAGGUGCCACAUCCAGCGCAGCGGCAGCUGCUGCUCAGCAACAUCAGCAACAACUGCAGCAGCAGCAAUUGUUAGCUAAUCCGUCACAGGCACAAACCACACAGUACAUUCUAGCAGCACCACAGCCGCAACAGCAGCAGCCCGCAUUACCUACGCUCACUUCCUUUACACAGACGCGACCGCAGACAGCGACACUGUACCAAACAGCAGCGGGCGGCAGUAGUCAGACGCCCACAAAGAUACUGCUGAAGACCACAGGUACAUCUGGGGUGGUCAUGACACCGUUACGACAGCAUCAACAAGCUACAACAUUAGUGUCUACCAAUCCGCCGCCAUUGGUGGCUACGACGGCAGCCGUUGCUGCUGGCCAGCAAACGCUUAAUAUACAAAAUGUACAGCUGCCGAAUCGUCCUGUUACCAUACAGCCCGCCUCGCAGGCAGCACAACAGCAGCAUUUGCAGGCACAGCUUCAGCAACAACAGCCACUGCCGCAUCCGCAACACACGAUUGUAUCCAAUACGACUGCCACACAACAGCCAAAGCUAUCUCAGGUGCUAAUGCAGCCUGGCGGUGCCAUAGCGGGCAGCACAUUGAACGUCUCUCCGACGGCGGCCAAAAACAAGACGAUCAUACUCACCCAGAAGGGCGUCAUACUACGUAACAUUGGUGGCGAUAUGUACCAGAUACCAAUUAGUAAUGUCGGCGGCUUAUCCGGACUCAGUGCUGGUGCCACCCUCAUGACAAGCACGGCGGCCGGUCCGCCCAGCCUGGUGAAGACGACGACGUCAACGAGCAUACAGCCACAUACGAUACAGCUGCAACAACAAUCACAACAACAGAGCGUGCAGUCCGGCAAGCAGUUGAUGCCUACGCUAAUACCAACCAACCCCAUUGGAGGCCAGCAUGUAAUCGUCCAGCAACAGACACCGACGAGUGUAAUUGGCAAUUCCACGCAGCAGACGAUAAUCCGACCUGUCAUGACCAAUGUGGGCGGCGGGUUGACCACGCUGCCGCAGGGCCUGACGCUGAUUCAGCGUCCUGGCCAGCAGCCGCAGCUGGUGCAGGUGCAGGCAGCGCCGAGCAGCACACAGCGUACGAUUAUAACGCAAUCGCCGGCUGCAUCGGCGCCGCAACAGCAGCCGCGCCAGCAGCAGCAGCAACAGCCACAACAGCAGCAAAUACUGGUGCAGCAUAAGCCAGCCCUGCAGCAGUGUUUGGUCACCUCGACGAGUACUCCAGGGAACAAUGCUACCAUACCGCGCACCGUCCAGGUGCAGGUCACCCAGCAGCAGCAGCCACAGCAGCAGACGACAGCAUCCACUGCACAGCAAGCGCCGCAGCGACGUGGGCUCUCAUUAUCAAAUGAGCAUGUUCACAAGGCUCACGAAAUGUUUCGCAAAGCGAAUCGCGUGUCUCGUCCUGAUAAGGCGCUUAUAUUGGGCUUUAUGGCUGGGCUGCGUGAGAAUCCAAGACCCAAUUCUGAAAAUGUGUUGGUCAUAAAGCUGGGCGAAACCGAGGAAAAAGUGCAACAGGAGGAUGGUAAUACGGCGCUGUGCCAGGUCGAAUCGCACAUUCGCUUAGACUACAAUACGGGCGAAUGGAAGACAUUCCAGAACUACAGGCUGGUAGACCAGAGUGGCGCCUCAUAGUCCACGAGGGUCAUACGCAUAGUGCGCAAGUAGCCUAUGUGUAUACCCUAGACUAUAUUUGAUUGCUACUGGGCUUGUUCUCUGCGUCUGUUUCGUUCUGCAUGGCCAGCAGCUUGGCUUAUCCGCUAAUUAGGCUACUAACCAGUUCUCCCCUCCCCUUUACAUUAUUAAGCCCCGCUUUCCAAGAUGGGAAUAAAUGAACUAUAAAACAAUUAACGUAAAUUAGUAGUUGUACAGUUCUUAGUAUAUAUGUAUGUAGUAUAUAUGCUAGCGCUUAAAACGUUUAAAAAUCAUGCCACAAACACAAACACACACACAUACCCACAUACGCAUACACCCACACCCACACUCACACAACAUACGCACGAAUAUAUAUGAAUAUGUAUGAUUAGCACGCUUGACUAGAGCGCUGACAGAUGAAUUGAAUGGCGAAUGCAAAUAAUCGUACAUUUACACACACCCACAUAUACAUUAAUGUAUGUGUUCAUUUGUAUGCAAAUAUAUACAAUAUAUAUACCGAAAUUAUAUAUAUAAAUAUAUAUAUGCAUAGCUAGCAUUAUGUAAUUAGUUCUCGAGUAAAGACAACUGUAUAAUUAAUUUAGCAAGAAACAUAAUAAUUAUUUGGAGCCACGCGAAAACUACAACGCUCACCUUAAACGUUACAAAAUUAAAAAUUAUAUCAAAUAUUAAUAUUCUGAAUGUAUGUAACAUUAUAAAAAAAAAAGAAAAUGAUGGCAAAGCAACCGCAGAAAAAAUUUAACAUUAAUCUUGAGACAUGUGUAAUAGUCUAAAAUAAACCAACCAUAUUUAUGG